AUGCAUAGAAAUGCGAAAUUAUUCAAGUUACAAGACGAUUUUCUCCUUGGAAGAAGUUUUUCAGAAUAUUACGGCACAGUUCCUUUUCAUGACAAAAAAGAGAACGAAGCAAUAUCAGGAAGCGGUAAUUAUUACAUUCAUGAUGUAAUUUUUGCUUUCCAUCGCCAAAAUCGAGCAAUUUACCUUAAUUCUAGCAGCAAAGUUUUAAUUGAAUCGUGCUCAUUUUACAACAAUAGUUCCACAGAUUACGGUGGAUCAUUCUGUAUCAAAGAAUCUGAUUGUAUCUUAGUUCAUAUUUGUUGUUUACUUUCAUCAAGCGAUAAAUGGGGAUGUGCAUAUGAAAUUGAAUUAUAUGAUGAAAGUACCAACAAAAGUUAUGCAUUUGAAUGUUCAGUAUCACAAUGCAAAGGAGAUAUCAAAGUAAGUAAUAUGAAUACAUCUAAUCACUAUGAAAUUACUGAAUGUGCUGCAUAUCGUAUUCACAGUUCAAAAGAAGCAGAAAUUAUUAAUUUCACAACAAUAUCAAAUACAUCAUCUAAAAAACAAGGUGUGUUAGCAAAUUAUGGUAAUUUAAAUAUUAAAAAAUGUAAUUAUUUAAACAAUGAAGAUACAAAUAAUGGUGAUGCAAUAAUUUGGUGUGAUACUUCAUGUACAUAUUCAAAUUGUUCAUUCAUAGGAAAUAAAGGAAACUAUUUAUUUGCAGUAAAACCAACUUUUGAUAAUUGUUACUUUAAUAAUAAUGAUGUAAAUCAAACUCUAAAGUUUGAUUUUUUUCCGGAAACAUUUGAAACAGGAUAUCCAUUAGAUUCAUUUAUAUCUCAUUAUACUACAGAUAAAUGCUCUGCUACAUAUUUUUAUAAAAAGAAAGUAUCAGAAAAAAGAUUAAAAAUGAAAGACAUCAAAAACAUUGCUAUCAAUGUUUAUAAAACAUCAUUUGGCCACGCACUAAACAUAUCUACUUUUAAAAUAGUAUAA